CCUCUCAUCCUCCCUCUCCUCCUCUCAUCUCUCAGCAGCAGCAGCUGCAGCAGUAACCGACUAUAUUUUUUUCCAGCAACAUCAUCUCUCAGACCUGUGCGGUACGCUUUCUGUCCAGGCUUACUUUUCUUUCCUCCUGUAAAAACGUCAAAUAAUUCUCGGCACACAAGCGAACGACCCCCGCGAGAGAAGCAGUAAACAGAAGAGAGUGUUUAAAUUGCAACACUUAUCCCCUCCGCCGUCCUCGUAGGUUCGUUCCUGACCUACUCCAGACAUCACACCGGACUUCUGCCGUCGACUCAGCAUCAUCGAAAGGCAAAAUGGGGAAACAGAACAGCAAGCUGACCCCUGAAGUGAUGGAGGACCUGGUGAAGAACACAGAGUUUAAUGAGCACGAGCUGAAGCAGUGGUACAAGGGAUUCCUGAAGGACUGCCCCAGCGGCCGCCUCAACCUGGAGGAGUUCCAACAGCUUUAUGUCAAGUUCUUCCCCUAUGGUGAUGCGUCCAAGUUUGCCCAGCAUGCCUUCAGGACCUUUGACAAGAACAGCGACGGCACCAUUGAUUUCAGGGAGUUCAUCUGUGCUCUGUCUAUCACAUCACGAGGCAGCUUUGAGCAAAAGCUCAACUGGGCCUUUAACAUGUAUGACCUGGACGGGGACGGAAAGAUCACACGGGUGGAGAUGCUGGAAAUCAUUGAGGCCAUCUACAAGAUGGUGGGCACAGUGAUCAUGAUGAAGAUGAACGAGGACGGCCUGACGCCUGAGCAGAGGGUGGACAAGAUCUUCUCCAAGAUGGAUAAGAACAACGACGACCAGAUAUCGCUGGAGGAGUUCAAAGAGGCAGCCAAGAGCGACCCGUCCAUCGUACUAUUGCUGCAGUGCGACCUGCAGAAAUAGGCCGCAGGGCGGGCGGGAAGCUUCGCCAUCCGCCACGGACUGCACAGAAAGAAUUUCAUGUUCCAUUCAGUUUGCAGCUAUUUCCACUGAAAACGAAAAAAAAAAAAAAAAAAAAUUAUAUGCUUGGACUACCUUUCAAUGGAUCUGCUUCUUGUGUUUGAAACACUCGUGUGCAUGAGAAUGUUAUUUGCUAUUAA